CCCACCCCGCGCGAAGCCCCCAUGCCCACGCGAUCUCCUUGGUCGCCCCGCCCGGCGCCGGGGCCGGUGCGGCUUGUUGCCGUCGCGCUUCUCCUCGGGGCUCUUGCCGGGGGCGCCGCUGCCAGCAGGAGCGAUGGGUACGGGCACGCGAGGAGGCAGUAUAUGAGGAACAAAGUCGUCGAGAUGUUUUAUCAUGCUUAUGAUAACUACAUGGCGUAUGCAUUCCCUCAUGAUGAACUGAAGCCUCUUACCAAAAGCUUCACUGACUCCCUCAGUGAGCUUGGCAACCUAAAUCUUCAACAUUUACCACAUGAUUAUAAUGGAUCAGCAUUGACACUAGUUGAGUCAUUAUCAAGUCUUGUUGUCUUAGGUAACUUCACAGAAUUCGAGAGAGGGAUUAGCUGGCUUUCAGAGAACCUAAUUUUCGAUGUUGACGCUCGAGUUAAUCUUUUUGAGUGCAACAUAAGACUUCUUGGGGGGCUUAUUUCUGCUCAUAUUCUUGCAAAGGACUACAACAGUCAGCUUAAAGGUGGAGUAUAUCAGGACCAGUUACUACAUCUUGCUGAAAAUUUAGGCAGCCGGUUUCUGCCAGCAUUUGAGACACCUACUGGAUUGCCGUAUGCAUGGAUCAAUCUUAAGCACGGAGUGAUGGAGAAUGAAACGACUGAAACAAGCACAUCAGGGUGUGGUUCCCUUAUCCUUGAAAUGGGUGCAUUGUCACGUUUGACCGGUGAUUCAAGAUAUGAAGCUGCAGCUCUCGGGGCUCUUCGUAAGCUAUGGAGCAUGAGAAGCUCAUUAAAUCUUGUAGGCUCAACGCUUGAUGUUUUGUCUGGCAUGUGGAUUGAAUAUUCGUCAGGCAUUGGUGCUGGAGUUGAUUCAUUUUACGAGUAUUUGAUCAAGGCAUACAUUCUUUUUGGAAGUGACGAGUACUGGGAUAUGUUUCACUCAGCUUACCUAGCGGUGCAGAAGUAUUUCCGACAUGGCCCAUGGUAUCAUGAGGCUGAUAUCAGGACCGGAGAAGCAACACACUGGCAACUCACUAGCCUACAGGCCUUCUGGCCUGGUGUUCAGACACUAUUAGGUGAUGUUGCUGCAGCAAAUCUGUCACAUCGUGAAUUUUACAAUGUAUGGCAAAGGUUUGGUGUGCUUCCUGAAAGGUAUCUGUUAGACUACGGAAUUUUGCAUCCUACAGAGAAGUAUUAUCCUUUACGUCCAGAGUUUGCUGAGUCUACAUUUUAUCUUUAUCAAGCAACUAAAGAUCCUUGGUACCUAGAAGUGGGCGAAGCUAUUGUUGGAUCACUCAAUUACUAUACUAAAGUGGAAGGAGGUUUUGCUAGUAUCAGAGAUGUUUCAACAAUGAAACUUGAAGAUCAUCAGCACAGCUUCUUUCUUUCGGAAACGUGCAAAUAUCUUUUUCUACUUUAUGACGAUUCAUUCUUGAGAAAUAAAAAUUACAUAUUUACAACAGAGGGCCACCCCCUUCCGGUAAGGAGCACGUGGCAUGAGAAAUUUCCUAGAUCUGAUAUUCCCACCAAUUGGACAUUUGUUAAGAAUGACAACCAACCGAUUCGUGCAAGUGCACUGUCAUCUAAAGUCUGUCCAGAGACAAUUUUCCGACAAAACGCCGGCUCCCCGUGGGAGAGUGCGUGCCACGUACCAGAUGUGUUCCCUACCCACAGAUGCAGGGCCGACGAUGACUGCGGGAUAGAGUCAGUAACAUGCAAGAGGAGAACUUGCAGUAUGGCUGGCUACUGUGGCCUGUGGCUGGCAGUUUACUAGUCAAUGUUGUUGCAGAGAUACAUACUAUUAGUGCAUAGGAUGAUCAUCAACACCUUGAAAAUAGAAUGUUACCAGAUGGCUUCGGCCUAACUUUGUACACCAUGAUAGCAUCAUAGGAAAUUCAAGGCACGUGAAUUGUCCAAGCUCACAUGUAUCAAAUAUUGAUUUAUGAGUGGUUGAUCUAAUUUUA